AUGGAAAACCUAAUUAGGAGUGUGAUUCAAUCCACUCAAAGAAUUCAAGUUCCUGUUGAACCUGAUAUUCAAGAUGCAACCAUGGAGGACGUUCUCAACAAUUUCAUCGAAAACAAUGCUUUGGCACAGGAACGUGAAGAAGAGGAGGCAAUGGAAGCUGAAGAACAACAUAUUAUUUCUGAUUCUGAAGUAUUGGUGUUUGAAAAAGUUACAGAUAUCAAAGUUAAAGUUGAGGUUUUCAGAGUGUUUGAAAAAGUUACAGAUAUCAAAGUUAAAGUUGAGGUUUUCAGAGUAAAAGUUAAGUAUGUAAAAUUAAUUGCAAUAACAGAACCGGAUCAAGAUAUUGUUGGAACACUGAUGGGAUACACUGCCGAAACAGUGGAGGAACUUAUAGGUUUCUACGAAAAACAUGCUAGUGAGGUUGGAUUUUCCAUAAGGAAAGGAAACACGAGAUUCAAAGUUGGGACAAGAAUCGUGCUUGAAAAGACAUAUGUUUGUUCAGCGGCAGGAGUAACAAACAAUGGAAAGAACAAAAAGAAAAAAGUGCAAACAGUUGUUCCUGUAGUGCCCAAAAAAGAGAGAAAACCAAGGCAAGUUUCGAUCACGAGAACUCAAUGUAGGGCUUGCUUGAGAGUGAAAAUGAAUUCUGGAGGCAGAUAUGAGGUUGUUAAUCACGUGAUAAUUCACAACCAUGAUUUAACUAGAAGUCAAUGGCACUACUUGCAUAGAUCUGAAAGGCAAAUAACGGAAGAGAAGAGGGAGGCAAUUGAAACUAUGCAAAAAUCUGGUCUGUCAUCCACGGCUUCCUUUAACUACAUGGCAAUUGAAGCUGGAGGUGAAGAAAAUUUAGGACACUCGAAGAAAGACCAUCUAAAUUACUGCACGAGGUUAAAAAUGAAGCAAAUAGAAGGAGGUGAUGCACAAGCAGUAACUGACAUAAUGUAUUUAGAGCUUGAAGGUGACCCAAACUUAUUUUUUAGAUUUAGAUUGGAUGAAAAAGGCAAAUUGAGGAGUUUGUUUUGGAGGGACUCUAUGAUGAUGGAAGACUAUGGAAUUUUUGGAGAUAUAGUGGUUUGUGACACAACCUAUAGAACAAACAAGUAUAACCUAAUUUGUGCUCCAAUAGUUGGAAUAAACAACCACUGGAACAAUUGCAUGUUUGGUUGUGCAUUCAUAGGAGAUGAAAAGAUUGAGUCGUUUGUGUGGCUUCUACAAACUUUCAAAAAGUCAAUGGGAGGAAAAAGUCCAAUAUCAAUCUUUACAGAUCAAGAUGCAGCAAUGAACAAUGCCAUCAAUCAGGUCUUUCCAGAUUCAAGACACAGAUUAUGUGUAUGGCAUUUGCAUCAGAAUGCUAUUACCAGAUUUGGGGCAUUGAAACGAGAUCCAACUUUUAAGAAGACAUUCAACUAUUGCUUGUAUAAGUGUGUCACAGUAGUUGAAUUUGAAACCAAUUGGAGAUCAAUGCUGCAACAAUAUGAGCUGAUAGGGGAAGAGUGGUUUACAAAUGUAUACGAUUUGAGAGAAAAAUGGUGCCCUGCGCUAAGCAAAGACUUCUUUUCAGCUGGGAUUUUGUCUUCACAACGAAGUGAAAGCACUAAUCACGCCAUCGGAUUUAGAGCAAACAGAACAACAAGUUUAACUGAUUUCUAUAGAUUGUUCAAAGGUACAAUACAGCAUUGGAGAAAAGUUUACACGUUGUCACUAUUCAGAGACUUUGAGGAGGAAUUUGGAUAUUCAAUUGCAACAACAGCAAAAUUAAUUUGGAAACAAGAAAAUACUGAGUUAUAUGCUGUGUCCAUUGAUGAAGAACCUUGGUCUGCACAGAGAGUAACAUACAUCCACGAGAGCCAAACAGUAUCAUGUACUCAUGCAACAACAACAAGUGAUACAAGUGUACAACAAGCAACAAGUUCUGAACCUGCAACAAACACAGCAACUGAACCUCCUAUGGUGUUGGAUCCUGAACGUUGCACAACAAAAGGAAGGAAUAAAAGACCACGAGGAUCGUUUGUCAAAAAGAAGAAGGGAAAAACUGCAGCGCCUCCAACAGCAGACUUUGGAACAAUAACUCCAAAUUUGAGAUUAUUUUGA